CCCUCGAGGAGGCCGACGAAUUGGUAAUGCCGCCGCCCCUCCCGACUCCUCUCUCAGGUUCUUCAUGCACACGCUAACACGGUCCCCAGCUCGGGCAAAUGCGUCUCGAAAAGCAAAACAUACCCUCCUCCUCGCGGCCCAAGAUAAACCAACGUUUCCGGAACCUCGAAACCGACGUAGACGGCUACAGGCGCAAACUGCGCACUCUCUCCGAUGACCGAGCCGCGCUCUUCGGCUCCCGAUACACGGACAACCCGACGCCCUCCGAUCUGCAGCUCGAGCAGCGGCAGCAGCUACUCAGCGGGACGGACAGGCUAUACCGCAGCUCGCAACGUCUGCGCGCGAGCCAGGCCCUCGCUCACGACACGGAGCAGAUCGGCGCCGGAACCCUGGCUGACCUACACCAGCAGCGCGAGAGGAUCGCGCAUACGUCCCAGAUCUUAUACGAGAGCGAGGGUUAUGUCGAUCGUAGCGUUAAGACGCUGAGGGGUAUGGCUCGUAGGAUGGCUACGAAUCGGGUGAUCACCAUCGCUAUUAUCGCUGUCCUCGUGAUCCUGAUCUUUGCUGUGAUCUACAGCAAAUUCAGGUAAAGACGGGAGGAGAGAGGUUUUAUCAACUGGCUGGCUGAUUAGUUGGCUUAGCCGACCGGACCAGCCAGCCAGGAUAGAAACACCCUGUGUAAAAAUCCCCCGCUUGCGCGGUCUCACAAAAGGUAUCAACCAACUAAACCAACCACGGCGUCCGGAGCGUAAACAAGGGGAGGGCCCUCGACGGAAAUAUUGGAAUAAUGAUCACGGUCGUUUUCUCUCGUACA